GACUGGAAGUCAAUUUGCAUUUCCUGUUUCCGGGAUUCCGCGCUCGCUGACUGGCUGCCUGUCGGCGAAUAAAUUAAACAAAGGCGAAGAAAAACCCGCAUAACCGGUAAAGAGUCUCCUACGAGCAAAUAUGGACCCUGGCCUGAGUGGGGAGAAAGUAUCUGCUUUUAUUAAGCGUCUGCGUGGCGAGCCUCGAUAUCUGCUGGCCCAAAAUGUGUCAACCUGCAUCGACCCUCUAGAAGUGUGCCUGCACAGGCAGACAGUCCAAGACACAGUGCAUAUCUUCCAGCACGCCAUCCCCGCCGAGGGCAAGCCUGUCACCAACCAGAAGAACUCAGGGAGAUGUUGGAUCUUCUCGUGCCUCAAUGUCAUGCGGCUUCCUUUUAUGAAGAAGUAUAAUAUAGAAGAGUUUGAGUUCAGUCAGUCCUAUCUCUUUUUCUGGGAUAAGGUGGAACGGUGCUAUUACUUCUUGCACAGCUGUGUGGAGACGGCCCAGAGGAAUGAGCCAGUAGAUGGCAGAUUGGUCCAGUUUCUGCUCUCAAAUCCCACCAAUGAUGGUGGACAGUGGGAUAUGCUGGUUAACCUUAUUGAAAAAUAUGGUGUUAUCCCAAAGAAGUGCUUUCCUGAGUCUCACAGCUCUGAGGCCUCUCGAAGAAUGAAUGAUGUCCUCAAUCACAAGCUGAGAGAGUAUUGUCUUAGGUUGAGGAACAUGGUGGCCAGCAACGCCACCAAAGCAGAACUGACUGAAGCCAUGGACACCAUGAUUGAGGAGGUUUUUCGAGUUGUUAGUGUGUGUUUGGGAAGUCCUCCGGACACUAUCUGUUGGGAGUACAGGGACAAGGAGAAGACCUUCCACCGCAUAGGGCCUUUGACCCCUAGGGAAUUUUACAUACAGCAUGUCAAGCCUCUUUAUAACCUUCAGGACAAGGUGUGCCUUGUGAAUGACCCCAGGCCUCAGAAUCCCUUUGGGAAGUUGUACAGCGUGGAAUACUUGGGAAACAUGGUGGCCGGACGCCGCACACGUUAUAAUAAUCAACCCAUUGAGCUCCUGAAGAGAGCUGCUGCUGAUUCAAUCAAGGAAGGAGAGGCUGUGUGGUUUGGCUGUGAUGUAGGAAAGCAUUUCCAUGGCAAACUGGGCAUCAAUGACAUGAAUGUGUUUAACCACGAGCUGGUGUUCGGUGUAUCAGUAAAGAACCUAAAUAAGGCGGAGCGGCUGAUCUUUGGCGAUUCCCUGAUGACCCAUGCCAUGGUGCUUACUGCAGUUACUGAAAAGGAAGAGAAGCAGGGAUGCUACAAGAAGUGGAGAGUGGAGAAUUCAUGGGGUGAUGAUCGUGGGAAUAAGGGUUAUCUGAUCAUGACGGACGAGUGGUUUUCAGAAUACGUCUAUGAAGUGGUGGUGGAUAAGAGGUUUGUCUCCCCUGAGGUGCUGGAGGUCUUGCAGCAGGAUCCGGUUAUUCUCCCUGCCUGGGAUCCAAUGGGAGCACUGGCAUAAUAAUGGAUACUGAGCAUGUCCAAUCUGACCUCAGCCAGGUCUUUUUGACUCCACCUUUCUUGAUGGUUUUUUUCCAAAAGAGCCUGUUCUAGAUUUAAAAAAUAAUAAUAAAAUAAAUUUUUUUUCCUUUUUA